GCAGUGACGGAGGAGGGUGGUCAGCCCGUUGAAAGGAGCCCACCUCUAUUUUAAGCUUAAAAAAACAACCCAAGUCACAGCACUCUGCCGUCCUGGAACACGCAGUACUCUCCAGAUUUUUUCUGUCUCAACAAAUAAAUGCUCGACAUAGGCAUCAGAGAAAUAAAACACGCGAAAAACAAGGACCAUUUUGUGAACGGAAACAAAAGCGCACUAGCCAUACAGCACCAAGAUAAAGCGCACGGAGACUCUCAAUGCAUACCCUCUGUGCUUGGGGAACGAUGAAGCCAGAGAUAAGCGCCGCUGUCGGGUUUCUCUCGAGAUUCCUGCGGAUUAAAGGACAUGUGAACGACAGACAGCUCCAGUCAUUCAACCAGACUUUACAGGACAUCCUGGCAGAGCAAUACAAGCACCACUGGUUCCCGGACCGUCCCAACAAGGGUUCUGGGUACCGCUGCAUACGUAUCAACCACAAGAUGGACCCUCUGGUUGGGCAAGCUGGCCAGCGUAUUGGGCUGAGCAUUCAGCAGCUCUACGUUCUGCUUCCUAGCGAGCUCACAUUGUGGGUCGACCCGUUCGAGGUAUCCUACCGCAUCGGCGAGGACGGAUCCAUCUGCGUGCUCUAUGAGUCCAAUCCCAGCACCAGCGGAAACUGCAACGUCACCACUGGAAACAGCAACCCAACCUCGUCUGUCACCCAGGUAUCGCCCAUGGUGGAGAGUCAUAUCAGCUGCAAGGAGGAACUGUUGGUUAUGGGUCGAACCAGCCCAGCUAAACCAUACAUGAUGACUGUGUCCAGCUAAACGGGACACUGUUGUCAUUUUUAAGAUAACGUGAAAUAAAAAAGAGAGAAAGAAGAAGAAAAAAAAAAACAGGAUGUGUCUUAUCGUCCAGGUGAUGGAAACCUUGUAGGUUUAAUUUUCACUCGUUUGGUUGUCUGUUCAGUUCUUGUGUUGGAUCUACCAGAGGCUUGACCCUUGGGCAGCUAUGAAGACCAGAGACAUCGCCCCCACCUCACGACUGGCCCACUCCCACGGCAGUCUUGGGGCUUUACACCAAUGUCUGCUGAUGUUGAAUUUGCACUUUCGCUUUCAUUGUUUAUGUUAUUACAUGAACACAAACUCCCUCUAAAAUGUUUAGAAGUUAUGCUCAGAAUCCUGUUUCAUUAUGCCACUGUUCGCUGUCGAGCUGAAGCCCAGAUCUGCAGUCAGUUGCGCUAAAGCUUAGUAGCCGCUAUGAGCCUCUUUUCUAAAAACCUCACUUUUUCUUCUUUCGGUAAUUUUCUGAAUUUGUCAGUGUCUGGUUUGCUGCCAGGCCUCCUCCUGGGCUUCAGGUCAACAAGAACGGUUUCAAACCGCCUCCAUCCUUUACACUGCCGCGUUGGAAUACCUGUGCCAUACGGUUAUCCUCGCUAGCCGUUGAUGGCACUGUGAUGCAAAGGUUCUCAUGCUUGUAGCAUUUUCUAGGGGUGGCACUCCCUCCUGGAUGAAUGUAAUUUAUAAGAAAAACAAAGAAAAACCCAACAAAGAUAAAAACGAUUUAUUUAUGCCCCUUGUAAAACCAAAAUGAAAGAUGUGGCAAAGUUUUUUUGACUUAGAGCAGAUGUGAUUUUUAUUUUCUGCCUGCUUAGAAAAUACGUUGAAUGCACUUUGACAUUUAGACUAUAUGGGAUGACGUUUAGAUUUGACCCCCCAAAUUCUUUAUCGCCUCAUUGAGUUUCACACUGUUUUCAUAAUUUGUUUUCUUGCUUACACUCUGCAAAAUGUAAAGUGGUUGCAAUAUUUUAGAAGCUAGAGAGAAAGAAACAUUUCAAACUAGGUUGUUCUCGCAUUCAGCUGCCAUUUUUACUUUCAAAUGACUGAGAUGCACACAACUCAGGCUGGCUCGCCGUUUUGAUUUCACAUGUACAAGGCUUUUGCUCAAAGGCAAAACUCAGCAACUACACAAGUUGUGCGGUCAAUUUUGACCGAAAUCAGGUCUGUUAGCCCAGUGGUUCUCAACCAGGGGUCUGGGAGCCACUAGAGGGCCUCUACAAACUUUAAAGGGAUAACUUAACCUACAUAAUUUUAUCAAAACUGUCAAGCUUAAUUAAGAUGCUAAAAACAGCUAAAAAUCUAAAUGUAUGCCUAGACCAUGUAAAAUGAUAGUUCCUGAAACUUUUAUUAUCCUGAAAUUAAUCAUGAGAAAGUAUUUUAAUCUAUUAACACUCCUAAUUUCAAUAUGGUCUUGGACAGUGGGGGACCUUGGAGUCAAAAAGGUUGAGAACCACUGUCUUCGACUAUGAUCUGUCCUGAUACAGGUGGUUUUGGCUCAACUUUGCUCAGAUUCAGAGACAAAGGAGUGUAAAAAUUGAAGUUACUAUAAAAUCAAGUAACUUUGAUGGCAUUUUUCUCAAUUUCUGUUUUGCUGUAGUUACUGCGCUUUGCCUUUAUAGAGCAGAUAUGUCCAUCUGUGGCUAACAUAAAACGGUUAAUGCAGUGGGAAAGGUAGGCAAAAAACAGUAGACAUCUCUCUGUAAAAACCCGGAAACCUGGUUUACGGGACCAAUGUUUCCCAUCCCAUUGUUUUUAAAGCCACUAAACAAAGACAGCCUGGAAAAGCAGAUGUUGACUCCUUGUUUGCACAACGAAUUGCAGGGCCCACCAAGUUUAGAGUUGAUCAUGGUGCUUGCUUUUUCACAGAGGGUCUUCAGCCAGAAUAACAGCUAAGUGGUAACGGUCUCGGUCUUAACUAGGAGCGCGUGGUCAAACAUAUCAUCUUCCUCUCUAGGCUGGGUGUAGGAGGGGGUAGGACCCUCAUAACAGGGCAGCUACAAUCCUCUCCAGCCCCCUUCCUCACAGCCUGGAGGAGAGCCAGCACACACACUGCACGCACUCCAAACUCGCUGAGCCUUACAUACAGGACCAAGACAGAUAGUAAGAUAAAAUGGGGCGAGAAAGAGUCGCAAAUGGGAUUUGGUCAGGGCAGUGCUGGUGGAUUUGUGCUGAAUCAGUUUACAUUCGUUGGUGUGAGUGGGUGGACAAGAGUGUAUGCACGUGUGUGAAAGGGACUGCUCUUGCCUUAGCCAUUAAGCUGCCAAGACAGGGUGCUGAUUAACAGUCCUAUAUGUGCGCUAAUACCUUUGACCUCAGAGGAUCAUGAGCUGGGUUGUUGAUGCACUGCUUUUCUUCCUUGUUCCUUAUUGAGCCAUCAGCUAUUUAAGACAUGAGAGCCCAUUUAACAAGCUAAACCACAGCGCACGUGCUUCUUAAAUCCAAAUAUGCAUUUUAAACAUUUGUCGAAGCAAUUUCAAACACCUGAGAUAGUCCGACAGUCUGCAUUUUGGACGCAGUUUGCCAUCCCACUCCUCUGAAUACUUUUUUGAACUCCGACAGGCAGCCCACACCCACCUCCUCACCCACCCCAAUGGUUUUAAUGUUUAAGCAUUUUAACCAUAGUCUGGUGAUCUUAACCAAAUUUGAACAGACAAUUCGAGUGCUUUUAAAUCUAUGCUUUUUAAACUACUAAGAGUUGUGAUUUUACCCCCCACCACCUCCACUGAAAUAAUGACAUCAGCAAACAGAUUUCACUUCAACAUUCUGAACCCCGUUUCAGUUCAGUAAGCGUUUGCACACAAGUUUUAGUAUCGUUGUGAGUCUAAAGUCUAUUUCAAGGCAAGAGCACAUGAAAUGCACUAAUAGGUUAACAUUGAAGUUAUGUGAUUUUGAGACAGCUGAGUCUCUAUUGGAAUGUAUUGCCAAGCUCAGGCCACAGACAUUCAUUGCAGCCCUUAUGGAUGUGCAGUUUAAGAUGUGAAAAAUAGAAGGGAACGAUUUGGUUCAAAGUUCUGUCAGUCAUUUUAGAAGUUAUUCGAGUUAUUGUCACUUUCACAUUCAAAGUGUUUCCAUAUUUGUAGAAUGUAUUGUUAUUGUACAACAUAUGGUAGGCUAAGUACAUAACCAUACAUAUGGGAAGUGCCAAUAAUUGAUAUUUUGCUGUGUAGACGUGUUCCUUUUUGUAUUUCAUAUUUGAACAUUAAUUCCUCUUUCAUAAGUGAAGCCAUUUGUGUUAGGAGUGUUGGAAAGGACCAAAGUUGUUUUGGUAAAAACAAAAACAAAACAAAACUAACAAAAAAAAAAAAAAAAACAUAUCAGUUUCCAUGCUCUGUGCUGAUAGACUUUCCUUGUUUGAGUUAUUUUUUUUUUCUUCUCUUUUUUUUUUUUUUCUUUUUUAAAUUAAAACAACAACAAAAAAAGAAAUUCUGAGCUACCCAAGAUAAAGCUGUCUGUAUCUUUUUUUUUUUCUUUUUUUUUCUCCCAUCUGUACAUCUCUUGUGUUCAUUCUUUGAUUCUUCACUCUUGGGUAUGUUGUGAUGAACUGCUGUAAAUUUGUACAGUUCAUGUAAAUUGAUUGUUUGGAAGUUGUACAGAUUUCUAUAUUUUGGAAGAAAAGUUUUUUUUUUUUUCUCUGUAAUAAAAGAUUUCCUAUCUUGGCAAUGUUU